UGCGCCGGGUCCCGGAACUUCCAGAGCGCAGGGAGCGGCCCCGGACGGCGAUUCCGACGGAGGGGCGCAAGCCAGGCCGGCGUGGGGGCCGCGCCGCACCUGCACCCGCCCCGGGCGGGGACAGCGGCCUCGCGGCGAUCGCGGGGACGGGCGGGAGUGGGGAGGGGCCGCCCGUGCCGGGUGCGGUGGGUCUGGAGGGCCGAGGUCUGCGGGCGGACGCCCCGCGGGAGGGGCUGUACCCUCCGAGCCAGGUGGCUGGGUCUGGUUAAUGAUUUGCCUUGUUCCGGGAGUGGGGCGGGGCGAGAGCAGGCUGGGAAGUGGGGAAGCCUCCGAGCGCUGCGGGAGGGCACACUGGUUCCCCCUUUGGGGGGCACUGGUCUUUGCUACCCCACCCCCAGGAAUGCGUGGCCUGCAGGUGGGGCUGGGCAGCAGAUGCUGAGGGGCAGCAGUCCUGAGCCAGUUCAGGGGGACAGGGAUGCUCUCAGGGCUGGCGGCCAUGGAGCUGAAGGUGUGGGUGGAUGGCAUCCAGCGUGUGGUCUGUGGGGUUUCAGAGCAGACCACCUGUCAGGAAGUGGUCAUCGCACUGGCCCAAGCGAUAGGCCAGACAGGCCGCUUCGUGCUUGUGCAGCGUCUCAGAGAGAAGGAACGGCAGCUGCUACCCCAGGAGUGUCCCGUGGGUGCGCAGGCGACCUGUGGACAGUUUGCCAGCGAUGUCCAGUUUGUCCUGAGGCGGACAGGACCCAGCCUCGCUGGGAGGCCCUCCUCAGACAGCUGCCCUCCCCCUGAGCGCUGCCCAAUCCGAGCUAGCCUUCCCCCGAAGCCUCGACCAGCACUGGACCGUGAGCCCUGCAAAGCGCUGACCUUCAGCCCGGGGUUCCCUGGGCUGGCCCCCGACCCUGUACUCCCCGAGCCUGUGGGUCCCGUAGCACCAAUGCCGGGCUGCUGCGCAGACCUGCAGGGCUUGGAGCGAAGGGUGCGCAGGAACGCAGCGGAGCUGGGCCAGGAGGCCUUCUGGGAGCAGGAGCUGCGGCGGGAGCAGGCCCGGGAGCACGAGGGGCAGGCCCGCCUGCAGGCGCUGAGCGCGGCCACGGCUGAGCAUGCCGCUCGGCUGCAGGCCCUGGACGCCCAGACCCGCGCCCUGGAGGCCGAGUUACUUAUGGCCGCAGAGGCCCCUGGGCCCCCCUCACCCACAGCGUCUGUCGCAGAACGCCUGCGCCAGGACCUGGCCGCCCAGGAGCGGCAGAGUGUGGAGGUGCAGGGCAGCCUUGCCCUGGUGGGCAGGGCUCUGGAGGCUGCUGAGCACGCCCUGCAGGCCCAGGCCCAGGAGCUGGAGGAGCUGAACCGGGAGCUGCGUCAGUGUAACCUGCAGCAGUUCAUCCGGCAGACGGGGGCUGCACUGUCCCCGUCCCCACGGCCGGACGGGGCUCCCCCUGGCACGCAGGAUCUUCUGCCUCCGUCCAGAGAAGAGCCCCUGCUGGGAGCCCCCCCGAGUCCAGCCCUGGUGUCCAGCCUGAGCCCAGAGAUCACCCCCAUGAGGCAGAACUCCUGGAGGUAGCAGCUCUCGCCCCAGAGUGGACGUCCAGUGCCAGCCCAGCCCUGGGCUCUGAUGACAUGAGCAAGGGCAGCCAAGGCCAGCCCAGCCUGGAUGACAGAAGGCGAGCUCGGGGUCACAGAGGACUCCUUCCACCAUGCAGUGGGAAGCCCUGGUACCCUGGGUCUGAGAUGGGACUCCUCGGAGCCCUAGGGUUUCUGCUGCAGUGGGCAGGGGAAAGCUGAGGACUCUUGCUCUAGUCCUUGUCAAAUCUGCGCAGACCCCUGGAGAAGCACGGGGCAUGGCCAGCCCAGAAAUCACUAGGCCCCAAAGGCCACAGCUCCUUGCUGGGGAAGGGAGGUGCACGGACCACCCUGUGUUCAGCCUGUAGGUAUGCGCUUGCGUGUGGGAGGCAUCCUUCCCCACGUCCGUGUGUGUGCAGGUGCGCGCACACACGUGUGUGUGCUGCCUUCCUACCCCGACACUAAAACCUCAAUAAACUGCCCCACGUGGCUUAAGUGUG